AUGAUGGAAGAGGCCCAGACCAAAGAAUUCGCGAGGGAGAUGUUCAUCCUCUCCCAGAUCAACCACAGGAAUGUCGUCAAGCUGCUCGGAUGCUGUCUCGAAGCAGAAGUGCCCAUGUUGGUCUACGAGUUCGUCUCAAAUGGCACCCUCGACCAAUACAUCCAUGGUGGCAAGGGCAUCAACUCCGACAGAGCUUUUGGCACCUGUCUUCGGGUAGCAGUAGAGUCAGCCGAGGCAUUGGCGUACAUGCACUCUUCGGCCUCGCCGCCAAUCAUUCAUGGAGACGUCAAGACAGCAAACAUUUUGUUGGAUGACAAGCUCACAGCAAAAGUUUCAGAUUUUGGAGCAUCAAAAUUGGCACCGACUGAUGAGGCCACGAUUGCAACGCUGGUGCAAGGAACUUGUGGUUACCUUGAUCCGGAAUACCUAAUAACAUGCUUGCUGACUGACAAGAGUGAUGUGUACAGCUUUGGCGUCGUCCUAUUGGAGCUUCUGACAAGGAAGAAGGCAUUGUACUUGGACGGGUCGGCAAAAGAUAGAAGCCUUGUUUUAUGCUUCAUGACGGCAGCGAAGGUAGGUCAGCACCAAGAGCUUCUGGACAGACAAGUGAGGGAUGAGAUGAGAAUCGAAGUGCUCGAAGAGAUCACGCACCUCGUGAUAAGAUGCUUGAACAUGAGUGGGGAGGAACGGCCGACGAUGAAGGAGGUUGCGGAGAGGCUGGAGAUGCUGAGGAGAAAACAAAUGCACAUAUGA